CCCCCAAGCGUACGAUAGACGACGCCAACACCAGUGGGGAUGACGUGAUACCGACCAGUAUGUCCUCACGUACUGGUCCUAGUGAUGGUGCUCCCGCGGCUAACGACUUCCCGCCUUUGUUACCGCCCGCUGGCGCCUCACUACUCGCAGGUUGUGAGACGUGCUUUGCCUCGGCCCUCUCGCAUCCCUCCGCUACAGCCUAGUGGUCGCCUCUUCAUCAGGACUGUCAGCUCGGCUCUUCGUGACACGGACAUCGUCAUCCCCGAGGAGGAGGAGGUUCCUGGUCCUCCACCGUGGAUGCUGCCCGUCCCUGAGUUGCAUUACACUCCAACUUCGACUGCAGCUCACCCCACACUGCAACGGCAACUGGCAAUGGAGACUGUAGCUAAGGUGCUGUCCUCCCUUCCCGUGCCUCGAUCCAUCUACACCGACGGCUCCAUACAGACUAAUGUGCGGUCUACUCCCCUGAUACUAAUGCUCCACCUGGAGGCUGGGCGGGCCGACGUCUUCCAGACUCCCGCUUAUUGAUGUGUGCCGCCACCUCUUGAUGGUUGACAACAUGGACGUCAUCCUUGCA